UCUUAGAGCUCUGUCUUCACUGCACACCAUCCAGGGAAGGAAUGAGUGACAGACCAGCAGCAAGAAGCUGGGGUAAGUGUGGACGUCUGUGUAAGUGUGAGACCAUCAUGGUGGCAUUUAAAGGCGUCUGGACUCAGCCUUUCUGGAAAGCUGUUUCAGCAGAAUUUUUGGCCAUGCUAAUUUUUGUCCUCCUCAGCCUUGGCUCUACAAUCAACUGGGGUGGAUCUGAAAAGCCUCUGCCUGUAGACAUGGUCCUUAUCGCUCUCUGCUUUGGACUGAGCAUUGCAACCAUGGUGCAGUGCUUUGGACACAUCAGUGGUGGCCAUAUUAACCCUGCUGUGACUGUUGCUAUGGUCUGCACUAGGAAGAUCAGCCUUGCCAAGUCUGUCUUCUAUAUUGUUGCCCAAUGCCUGGGUGCCAUAGUGGGGGCAGGAAUUCUCUACCUUGUCACACCCCCAAGUUUGGUGGGAGGCUUGGGAGUUACUACGGUACACGGAGAUCUUUCCGCUGGCCAUGGACUCCUGGUGGAGUUGAUAAUUACAUUCCAGCUGGUUUUUACUAUUUUUGCCAGCUGUGAUUCAAAACGAAGCGAUGUCACUGGUUCAGUGGCUUUAGCAAUUGGAUUUUCUGUUGCAAUUGGACAUUUAUUUGCUAUCAACUACACUGGUGCCAGUAUGAAUCCUGCUCGAUCAUUUGGACCUGCAGUUAUCAUGGGGAAAUGGGAAAACCACUGGGUCUAUUGGGUGGGACCAAUAAUAGGAGCAGUCCUUGCAGGUGCCCUUUAUGAGUAUGUAUAUUGCCCAGAUACUGAGUUCAAGCGACAUUUUAAAGAUGUCUUCGGGAAGGCUACCCAUCAGUCUAAAGGGAAAUACGUGGAGGUGGAUGAUAGCAGGAGUCAAAUAGAGACUGACGACUUGAUCCUGAAGCCUGGCACGGUUCAUGUGAUUGACAUUGAGAGUGAAGACAAGAAGGGGAGUGAUCCAACCAAUGAGGUGCUAUCUUCUGUAUGACUAGCAAGGAGCACUGAAAGCAGAGAACGGCCUUCUAGAAUGUCCACAGAUAUCCUUCCACCCAUUAAAGAGACAGAUCUACUGUAAACCAGACACCUGCAAUAUCUGAAAAUGUAUGGAGAUGACAGCAGCUAUGUAGUUGCUUCACCAAGCUAUACACCUGCUCAGUUUGAUUACAAAUUUACUAUAUUUAAGAGUCCCCACAGAUUCUCCCAAAUUCAGAAAUGUCCUUUUUUGGGAGAGAGCAUUCCCAAAGUCAAUUUGAAAGAGCUGAUAGCAUUCCCUUUUUAAUAAGGCCAUCAAAAGCAAGAUGGAAAUAGAGAUGUUUAACAUUCAGAUUGACAGUUAAGACUUAUCUGCAAAUGCCUAUAGCAUGCAGACGUAUUUAUCAGAUUAUUCUUCUGACACUUAAUUGGCUGUUGUCAAUCCUGAUUAGAAUGUCUUAUCCAUUAAGUGUUCUUUGCAAGGUUCAGUGACAAUAAUGCCAAAGUACAGCAUGUAACAGAUUAAUCCAAAUUUAAGGUAGUAUUUUUUGUUCUUGUAUAUCCUAUCAUUUUUUCUUUACAAACUCUGAAAAAACUAUAUUUUCAUAGGCAAAAAUUGGUUCCUGUCAGUCAUCCUACCAAUUUUCAUCCAUUACAUAUCCAUGUUCUGGUGUAAAAAAUACUGCCUUCCUCCCGUUCCCCAAA